UCAGCGGCCGCAUCUUGCGCGCGCCCCACCGACCAAAAUGGCGGCUGCCGUUGGUGCCGGGUGCGGUUUGUAGUGCUGUUGCCCUACUCAUCCCUUUGCAAAAUGUGAAAGAAGAAGCGGCUGGUGGAGGCGGGCCAUAGGCAAUGAGUCGGCGAAGGAAACAUGAUGACAGCCCUAGCCCGAAGAAAACGCCGCACAAAACAGCGGCGGCGGAGGAAUGCGGCUCGGUGGUCGAGCCAGGGAGGAGGCGGCUGAGAUCGGCCCGCGGUUCGUGGCCCUGCGGGGCUAGAGAGGGGCCUCCCGGGCCAGUGCGGCAGCGAGAGCAGCCUCCGACCGCCGCCUUGUGCAGUAAAAGUAACCCCGAGGAAAGGUAUGAAACACCAAAGAGAGCGCUGAAAAUGGACUCACUGUCAUCUUCCUUCAGUUCUCCUAAUGAUCCAGAUGGACAGAAUGAUAUCUUUUGGGAUCAGAAUUCUCCAUUGACAAAGCAGUUAGGUAAAGGAAGAAAAAAACAGAUUUACACCACAGAUAGUGAUGAGAUUUCACAUAUUGUUAAUCGUAUUGCUCCUCAGGCAUGGUGACUCAUUCCUGUAAUCUCAGCAUUUUGGGAGGAAGGCUGAGGCAGGAAGAUUGCUUGAGGCCAGGAGUUUAAGACCCCGUCUCUUAAAAAAAAAUUUUUUUUUGAGUGUUUCGUUUCUUUUUUUCAUUUCUGUUCUUGUAUUGUUUGAGUGAAAUAGAAAUAUGUUCAAGUCAAUCAUUUGACACAAAGCAAUCCAGUAACUCUAAUAUUAUAAUUACUAAGAAGCAAAGGCUCAAUACGUGAAACUGUUCUGAACUUCUUUACUUUUUGUUCUCUUUUUCUUAUUUAACAUUUAAAUCCAGAGAACAUUUUUGCUUAGUGUCUUCUCUGAAGGAAGUAUGCCAUUUUUCCUUAACCUGCGCUUGAAUAGUUACUAUAUGUUGACCAUAAACAAUAGAUGGCACUGGCCCAAAACAUGGUUUGAAGAAUUACUGUCACCCAGGUGGAAGAGACAGAAAAUGAAGUUUUUCUUAGCAGCUAUAAAAUAUCCAAAAUUACACCUAGCACAGUCAAAACAACUCUGUUGCUACUAGCUCUACAUUCCAUUUUUAGCAUGUCAUAGAAAUUCAUUUUACUUACAGUUCAUUAGUUAAAUAGCAUUUAUGCCAUAAUAGUACUUACUCUAUAAGUUAACAAUAGAUCUUCAUUAAUUGUGGGUUUCACAUGAAAGAAGCAUAAUAAAAUGUGUUUGGGCGGGCCAGUCUAAAUAGUGAUAAAAAGAUAGUUGUGAAUAAAUUAUUGGACUCUUUACCUAAGUGGGCUGGAAAUAAUAGCUCAUAUAAAGAAAUGACAACAGUACACAAGUGGUAACUUGUAUAAGAGAAAAAAAUAUAGUGAAAUUAGUAGCUUUAAAAUGUUACCCUCUUAAACUGAGUACUUUUAAAGCAUAUAAAUCUUUAGCAGUUUCAAGGUCUGUUUGAAAGCUUGUCAUGUUCUCAGAAUGACAAAUACUUAUAUUGUUUAUUUUUAGGUGAGUCAUUCUCAAAUCAUUUAGUUUUAACAUUUUCAGAGAUAGCAUUUUUUUAAAUAUGCGCUUUUAUUUUGGUUGGACAGUCAGUUCACUUUUUGCAGGGAUACUUUUAUACAAUGUUGUUUAUUUGAAGAUGGUAUAUAUCUUCAUUUAUACAGCUUUGCACAGUAUACUUUUUAUAAUGAAAUGAAGUAAUGCAUUUAGAUACCUUAUACAGCACCUGGAUUAUGGUUGAAAAUCAAUAAAUUAUGUAAUUAUUCAUGAAGAAAUAUGUAAUAUAACAUGUAUAAAUAGUAUACAAACAUACAUAGGACCCAUGUAUAUGUAAAGUUGGGUACAUAAAGUCAUAAUUUAGUUCUCUGAAAAUUGAAUGAAUUUAAAAUUACUUUUGUAAAUGGCAGAGUUCAUAAUUAAGACUAUGAUUCUUUAAAUUCUUUAAAUUCAAGAUUGUUGAAAUAAAAGGGAAAAUAUAUUGACUCUGAAAGUGAAAUUACUGAUUUUCUUGAGUAUUUGCAAAGCUAAAGGCAACUAGGUUCAAGUUGACAUUAAGAAGACUUUUUUGAUUCAUUGAGGAUUUGAAGUACCAAGUUGUAGGGAUCUUUUCACCUAAAUCUUCUAGUAAAUAAAUGUAUACUGACACUGGUAUGCCCAAUAUUGUGCUGGAUGCUGAGUUAUUCUAAGAAGAGUCCUUGCCUUUGAGUAGCCUAUAAUCUAGUAGUAAAAUUAUUUUUUAACUUGUGUGAUAUUUAUGUUCAUUCUAGGUACUAUAAAAUAGAGUGAAAAUGGUUACUUGAUUUGAUUUGUUGGUUUGGUUUGCAAUUAAUGCCUAAAGCUCAUUCUGUAAUUUUUUUGUGUGAUCAAGUGACUGAAAGGUACAGCAAAAGUAUCCAGGUCUAAAAUGCCUUUUUUCUGUAUAUUAUCUGGGCUAAACUUUUCUGCUUUCUCUAUUUUUUUAUUCUUAUUCCUGUCUCAUUCUUAGCAUCAGUUCUAACCUUGCUCUUAUCUCUUAAUUCAUUCCUGAUCUUAAUUCUGAGUGUUCUUAAUUUAGGUCAACAUGGAUUGUCCAACUUUAGAUAAAGAUUAUAAUAAGGAUAAAGAAAAUUUGGAGAAACAGAUGAUACAGAAAGAAUUCCAUAUGUAUCUCCUCUCAAUUCUGAUGAUUUCUGCCACACAGUUUCUGACACUAAUGUUUUUAUAAAUAUCUUAGGACAAUUAAAAUGUCAAUUUUCUUUUGAUAAAAACAUGCUUCUGUUAUUAAAUGUACAUUUGAUAAAUUUAAUUCUUAAAACAAUAUUUUUUUAAAAUAAGCAAUUUGUAAUUCUGAAUGUUUUCAUUCUCUGAAACAUAAGUGGAUCAAUUAUUGUAGCUUAUUAUUGCUAUCUCCCAACUUAUUGUUUUUGAGUUUGGUAAGUGUUACCUCACCAGAAUUUAGGAAAUUAAUUCAAAAUCGUUAGUUUUUAUUUUCUUUUUUCUUUCUUUUGUUUUUUUGGAAGAGGGGGGAUGCUACGCUGGUACUUUAUACCUCUUUUUUUCCCUAUCUGCCAAAGGAUGAAAAACCAACAACAAAUUCUAUGCUGGACAUGUGGAUUGGUGAAACUGCUAUUCCAUGUACUCCCAGUGUAGCAAAAGGAAAAUCAAGAGCAAAAAUCAGCUGCACAAAGUUAAAAACACAAAGUCAAGAAGAAGAACUUAUGAAACUGGCUAAACAAUUUGAUAAAAAUAUGGAAGAGCUAGAUGUGAUUCAAGAGCAAAACAAGAGGAAUUAUGAUUUUACCCAGACGAUUUCAGAAACAGAGAUUUUAAGUAAUUAUAAAGAUAAUAUACAGAUGUGGUCAUCACAUAAUAUAGUUCCCGAAAUAGAUAAUGCUACAAAAAAGCCAAUCAAAGGAAACACCAAGAUGUCUGUGGCAAAUGAUCAAAAUAGCAGUCAGAAGCCAUUUGACCAAAUUGCUGAAGCAGCCUUUAAUGCUAUUUUUGAUGGUUCUACUCAGAAAUGUAGCGGACAGUUAAGCCAAGAACUGCCAGAGGCUUUUUGGAGCAGCAGUAAUACUACCUUUGUAAAGACAAAUGCUUUGAAAGAGGAGAAAAUCAUUACUAAUGAAACUCUGGUCAUUGAAAAACUGUCCAAUAAAACCCCACGAUCACUUUCUUCUCAAGUAGAUACACCCAUAAUGACAAAAUCAUGUGUGACUUCCUGUACUAAGGAGCCAGAAACUUCUAAUAAGUACAUUGAUGCAUUUACUACAAGUGAUUUUGAGGAUGAUUGGGAAAACUUACUAGAUAAUGAACCUUUUGCUGUGCAAAAUAUCGACAUGCCUGAACUCUUUCCUUCUAAAACAGCCCAUGUUACUGAUCAAAAGGAAAUCUGUACCUUUAAUAGUAAAACUGUUAAAAAUACGUCAAGAGCAAAUACAAGUCCAGAUGCCAGGUUAGGAGAUUCAAAAGUAUUACAAGAUCUUUCUUCAAAGACAUAUGACAGAGAAUUAAUAGAUGCAGAAUAUAGAUUUUCACCAAAUUCAAAUAAAUCAAACAAAUUAUCCACUGGAAAUAAAAUGAAAUUUGAGAACUCUUCCAAUAAAAUUGUUAUUCAAGAUGAAAUUCAAGAUUGUAUAGUUACAUCUAAUCUGACAAAAAUAAAGGAAGAUAUUCUUACUAAAUCUACUGUACAUGCUUCUGAAAGGAAGUCAGCUUUGAACACAAGAUAUUCUAAUGAACAGAAAAAUAAGUGCAUUUUAAAUCAGUCUAUUAAAGCUCCUGUUAAUACUGAUCUUUUUGGCUCUGCAAAUCUAGGCAGUGAAACCAGUGUUAGUAACCCAAAUCAGACUAGUGCAUCAAAAGUAGGUUCUUUCUUUGAUGAUUGGAAUGAUCCCUCAUUUGCCAAUGAAAUUAUUAAAGCAUGUCAUCAAUUAGAUAAUACCUGGGAAGCAGGUGAUGUAGAUGAUGAUUUGUUGUACCAAGCAUGUGAUGAUAUUGAAAGACUAACUCAGCAACAAGACAUUAGAAAGGACAGUAAGACAUCAGAAAGUAUAUGUGAGAUCAAUAAUAAUUCCGAACAUGGAGCCAAAAACAUGUUUGCUAUAUCUAAACAAGGAAGUAAUUUGGUACAAUCAAAGCAUUUGAAUCCAGGCAGCAUUUCAGUGCAGACAUCUUUGACAAAUAGCUCACAAAUAGAUAAGCCAAUGAAGAUGGAGAAAGGGGAAAUGUAUGGAAAUUCUCCAAGAUUUUUAGGUGCCACAAAUUUGACUAUGUAUUCUAAGAUCUCAAACUGUCAGAUAAAUAAUCUGCAUGUGUCUUAUACUAACACUGAUGUUCCAAUACAAGUGAAUAGUUCCAAAUUGGUUCUUUCAGGAAGUUCAAGUUUGAAUGUAACUUCAGAUCAUAUGAAUACAGAAAUUACUACUUAUAAGAAGAAAUUGAGUACUAAGCAGCUAUGCCAUAAGACUAUAACAGAUGAAGCUCACAGCAACCUUAACACAACAGUUGGAUUUUCAAAGUUUACAUUUACAAGGAUGAAAGAUUCUCAGAUUCUUUCUCAGUUUAAUCAAAAUUGUAUAACUGGAAGUAUGUCUGAUACCAAAAUUACACAGUGUGUGGAGAAAAAGAAAAGUGUCAACCCAUUACUGGAGGAAGCUGUUGGACAGCAAUCUUUGGUGAAACUUUCUGAAUCUUUCAAACAAUCUUCAAAAGAGGAAGAAGAGAAAAAUAGAAAGUGUUCUCCUGAAGAAAUUCAGAGAAAAAGACAAGAAGCACUGGUUCGGAGAAUGGCUAAAGCACGAGCCUCAUCUGUAAAUGCAGCUCCCACUUCAUUUCUUUAAUGAAAUAUUAGUUGGAAGACUUCACAAAGACUGCUGAUAACUAUCUGUGAUAGGAAAUUUUUUUUUCUUGAUUUCUCUGUGAGAAAUGUAAUGCUGACUUUUAUAAAGCCUGGACUUCUACUUUAUUUAAUAAAUCAAUGUUUGUUUGCAAUGGUAAAUGAAACAUUUCCUUGGACAUGUAUUUGAAAGUCAUUAUAUACAAGUUUUGGAAAUUCAGGAAAGUUAGCAAUUAUGUACGGAUAUUAUACAGAGGAAAGUAGUUAUAUUUUUAAAUGCUAUUAUUGCAGAGGAUCAUCAAAAAAGAGGUAAUCUACGUUAUUUCCUAUUCUAAUGUCUUUUCCUAAUACAAAACUUCAACUUUCUAAGUUAGUAGAGACUGUUUUUGUAGUUUUACUUUCAUUAACUGUUGCUUAAGGUUUUUAUACACUUCCAGAUUUUAAUUAAUACUUUCAUAUUUCUAGGAACAUGGUUGAUAUGAAAUAAAGGACUUUAUUUGUAAGGAAA